AUGGAAUUAGCUGCAAACGCUAUUCGCAAAUUAAGACAGGUUAGAAGUAGAAGCAGAUUGUACAGUGUAACAGCACACCCACAUCAUCCUAUUAGUACUGUCUCAACAGCCACCAAACAAAUCCCUGUCUGCAAUAUGGAAGCUCCCCUUGCACAAUUAAGUGAAAUUCCUCUAACAUAUAAUGGACAACAAAAGACAGCUACUACGGGUCCAGUUACUCCACAAAAAUCUAAAUAUCUCACAGUCUCACAAUAUCUUCCAUCCCCGUAUCCGCAUCAAGGAAAUAUCAAUGGAGCUUUCGAUCCAUCCUGUUGCCUCGACGGACACAAUAACUCAGUUAUUAACAAUUAUGUGGAUGAGAACCAGGGCAUCAAGCAGAGUGGAAUGCAUUUUGGAGAUGGUAAGAGGAAGGUGGAUUAUGUACUUGCCUAUCAUUACCGGCAUCGCUCUUCCCAUCCCAAUGGAUCUCCUGAGAAUCACAGACCACCAGCAGUUAUAGUUUCCAAUGGGAAUUCUGUGACCCCAGAGGAAAUUGGAAAAACACCAUCACAACAUCCACUGCCUGGAGAGUUGCAGAAUCAUAAUCAGAAACUUAAAGAUCACAGUAAUCAGAAACAACAAAACCAAGUUCAUGCCCCUUCUGGUAAUGGAAAUCAGUCAUGUCACCCACAGGAAGUCGUAGUGGUGGAAUUAAGUCACCAAGAUGCGCUGGAAGAAGAGAAAAAGUGUCAGAGGGAAGAAUUUGAGCUUAACCUUAUUGAAGCUGGACUGGAGUUGGAAAAAGACCCUGAGAAUAAAAACCAAGGGUUGAACUUUGUAAGAAUUCAUGCACCUUGGCCAGUACUAAGUCGUGAAGCUGAGUUUCUUAAAAUAAAGGUGCCCACCAAAAAGAUGUAUGAAGUAAAACAAGAGCAUGGCAUCCUUGUAAAAUUAUAUGCAAUUGUGACUAAAUGUACAAAGCCUUUACAACCCAAUGUGCCACAACUAAGUGAAAAUACAAAGAUGAAACACUUAUCUUAUCCUUUUUCGAGAGACAAAAUGCAUCUGUACAAUAUUAAAGACAAGGACACAUUUUUUGACAAUGCAACGCGCAGUAGAAUAGUGCAUGAAAUUUUAAAGAGAACAUCUUGUACCAAAGCCAAAUACAGUAUGGGUAUUACCACGUUGAUAGCAAACAAUGUCUAUGAAUCCGCAUAUCCUCUUCAUGACGGUGAUCAUGAAUACAAGAAUGGUGAAAUUAAUGACAGAGUGUUGUUACAUAGGGAAUGGGCAAGAUACGGAGCAUUUUACAAAUAUCAACCUGUCGAUCUCAUAAGAAAGUAUUUCGGUGAAAAAAUUGGAUUAUACUUUGCAUGGCUUGGUUUAUAUACGUGGCUACUGAUUCCUGCAUCUUUAGUAGGAAUUAUAGUUUUUCUAUAUGGCUGUAUCACAAUUGAGGAUGAUAUACCUAGUAAAGAAAUGUGUGACCAGGAACAAAGCUUUACGAUGUGCCCUCUCUGUGACAAGGCAUGUGACUACUGGAAUCUAAGCACAGCUUGUGGGACAGCUCGUGCAAGUCACCUUUUUGACAACCCAGCAACUGUCUUCUUCUCUGUAUUUAUGGCUCUUUGGGCUACCUUAUUUCUUGAGCACUGGAAGAGGUUACAAAUGCGGCUGAGCUACUUCUGGGACCUUACCGGACUGGAAGAGGAAGAAGAACAUCCAAGACCUGAAUACGAAACAAAACUGCUGUUAAUGAAAGAAAAAUCUAAGAACAGUGGCAAGGAUGGGAAACAGGAAAAGUUGACAUGGAGAGAUCGUAUACCUGCAUAUUUAGUUAAUUUCUCAUCCAUUUUAUUUAUGAUAGCACUGACGUUUUCAGCAGUGUUUGGAGUAAUCAUAUAUCGGAUCACAAUUGCAGCAACCUUGGCACUUAGUACAAAUGAAGGAACCAGGGCAAAUGUUCGUGUGACCGUAACAGCAACUGCAGUUAUUAUUAAUCUAGUUUUAGUGCUCAUGCUUGAUGAGAUUUACGGAGUGGUUGCAAAAUGGCUCACAGAAAUAGAGGUACCUAAAACCGAAAAGACCUUUGAAGAAAGACUGAUUAUGAAGGCUUUCCUUUUGAAGUUUGUUAAUUCAUAUGCCUCAAUAUUUUAUGUUGCCUUUUUUAAAGGAAGGUUUGUUGGACGGCCUGGGAGCUAUGCAUAUAUCUUCAAUGAUUACAGAGUUGAAGAGUGUGCACCAGGAGGCUGUUUAAUGGAACUAUGCAUUCAGCUUAGUAUCAUCAUGCUUGGGAAGCAACUGAUACAGAACAAUUUGUUUGAAAUAGGAAUUCCAAAAUUAAAGAAACUGUUUAGAAAGCUAAAAGAUGACAGGAAGGGACCAAGAGAAAACAAUUUGAACAAUUCUAGAGAACCUCAACAAUGGGAACGUGAUUAUGCAUUAGAACCCUUCACUGGAUUAACACCGGAAUAUAUGGAAAUGAUUAUCCAGUUUGGCUUUGUCACUCUGUUUGUGGCAUCAUUUCCCCUGGCUCCACUCUUUGCUCUUCUCAACAAUGUUAUAGAAGUAAGACUUGACGCAAGAAAAUUUGUAGCAGAGUUAAGAAGACCAGAUGCUGUCCGAGCUAAAGAUAUAGGCAUUUGGUACAACAUUCUAAGUGGCAUUGGCAAAUUUUCAGUGAUUAUAAAUGCAUUUGUCAUAGCUGUCACAUCUGACUUCAUUCCCCGUCUUGUAUAUCAGUACAUGUAUAGUGAGAAUGGAACCAUGCAUGGCUUCAUCAACCAUACCCUUUCAUAUUUCAAUGUCAGUCAUUUAAAACCUGGUACACAACCCGGAAACUCACAGUUUGCUCCUGAUGUUGUGUUAUGCAGGUAUAAAGAUUUUAGAGAGCCUCCGUGGGCACAAAAUCCAUAUGAUUUUUCUAAACAGUACUGGACUGUUUUAGCUGUUCGUCUGGCCUUUGUUAUUCUUUUUCAGAAUUUAGUUAUGUUUCUAAGUGCAGUUGUGGACUGGUUAAUACCUGACAUACCUAAAGACAUAAGUGAACAAAUCAAAAAGGAGAAAACCAUGCUUGUUAAUGUCUUUCUUAAAGAAGAACACAAAAAACUGCAACUUAUUGAGAAUUUUCUAAUGCACGACAAGCAACGGGGUAAAACCGAAAACAAAGGUCGUAGAAGUCGAGCAGCGAGCUUUUGUCAGUUCAAUCGCAGUCAGCGUGGCAGUUUUUCUUCAUUCAGCUCACACCAUACCGAUGUGUGAGCCCUCUGGAGCAUUGUAGACAUGCAAUAAAUAUGUACAAUUGAAACAUAUGAUUUUGAAACUGGAGAAGGAAGGGGACAUAUGGAAGAAGUGGGAUACAGAGAAAACAAAAGAAAAAAAAAUGUUUCUCGUAAAUGUCUCCAAAUGAUCUUAAGCAGGCUUUGUAAUAUUUAAAGAACCGUCUUGUGCAACAAUAUUGCACAGAUAAAUUUAACUAAGCUGUGCACUUUUGUCUGCGAUUCGUUUUAUUGUUUAAAUAGCAGAAAUCUGCAUACAGUACACGAGGUAGGACGCAAGGUAUGACCACACGUUUCAUAACUUAAAUAGUACUAGCAAUGCUCAUUUUUUAACAAUGAGUGGACUUCUUUAAAUUGCGUGAUGAUGUUUCCAGUACAAUGCACAUUACUGAGAACUUUGCUGCUGUGCUUUUACAUUGAGAUGCUAUAAGCAUUACUGUACUUUACUGAACUGUACAACUGACUUAUUAAAUAACUAGACUGUUAACUCAAUGCACUUGAAGCAUAUUCGACGCAACUGGGUUAACAGUACAUCUUUUUCUUAAUAUUUCUAUAAACAAAGCUGCUGAACUCAACAAAACACAAAAGAGGAU